UGUUUCAUCUCAACACAAUUAUAUACGCCUCUCCGGAGUAUCAUUCUUAUUCUCUCUGGAGUAUUUACAAUGCAGAGCAAAUUUCUUUAUUUAAUUUGUAGCUGUAUUCAGAGUUACAUUUUAGGAGGAUAAGGAUAACAAUGGAUUAUAGAAAUGAACGUCGUUGGAUGUAUAAUCGAGUGAAUCCCGGUCGGAAAGGGUUAACAGAUGAAUUUAAAGCUGGAGUGGAUAAUUUUGUGGAUUUCGCGUGUGUACAACCAACUUUUGCUGAGAACAAUGUUAUUAAAUGUCCUUGUACAAAAUGUAGGAAUCGCCGUUAUAAAAAUCCAGGAGAUGUAAAACUUCACCUUUACAAAUGGGGUUUUGAGUCAAACUAUUGGUGUUGGAUUUACCAUGGUGAAGAGGUUUUACAAUCCAGUGGAAAUUUUGAUGAUACAUCUCACAACCAUGUGGAUGGAGAUGACAUGUAUGAAACAAUGAUUUAUGAUAAUUUUGGAUUGAACCAAGAACCUAGUUAUCUUAAUCGAGACAUUGAGGGCCCACAUGAUAGUGCCAAACAAUUUUACGAGUUAUUGGAUUCUGCUCAACAACCGUUGUGGUCAGGAUGUACAGCAGAUACUGAAUUAUCUUUUACCCUUAAGAUGAUGAGUAUUAAGUCAUCCUAUAACAUUGCACAAAAAGCAAUGGAUGAGAUAUUCGAUGCUUGCAAUCGAGCAAUGCCAUCACCAAAUAAGGUGCCAUCUAGUUUCUAUGAAGCUGAAAAAUUGGUCUCUAAACUCGGUCUUGGUCAUGAAAAAAUUGAUUGUUGUGUGAAUGGAUGCAUGUUGUAUUAUAAGGAGGAUAUUGCAUUGGCACAAUGCAAAUUUUGUUUUGAGCCACGCUUCAAAAAAAGUAAUAAGCCAAAUUCAAAAGUUCCUCGAAAAAGGAUGCACUACUUACCACUUAUUCCGAGGUUACAACGGUUAUUCGCAUCACCGAGUUCUGCUAAACAUAUGAGGUGGCAUUUUGAAAAUCAACGUGAGCCCGGUGUUAUGUGUCACCCAUCAGAUGGUGAGGCAUGGAAACACUUUGAUCAAAUGUACCCUCAAUUUGCUUCAGAACCACGCAAUGUUAGACUUGGAAUUUGUUCAGAUGGCUUCUCUCCAUUUGGUAUGUCUGCCAAAUCAUAUUCAUGUUGGCCCAUUAUUGUUACAGUGUACAACUUGCCACCCUCAAUGUGUAUGACGACUCCUUAUAUGUUUUUGACUUCUAUUAUUCCCGGUAAGCAUAACCCAAAGGCUAAAAUAGAUGUGUACUUACAACCAUUGAUUGAUGAGUUGAAGUGUUUGUGGGAAACAGGUGUUGUCACUUAUGAUGUAUCCUUAAAGCACAACUUUGUAUUGAAAGCAGCUUUAAUGUGGACAAUAAGUGAUUUUCCCGCAUAUGGGAUGCUAUCAGGUUGGCAAACUGCUGGGAAACUGUCAUGCCCAUAUUGUAUGGAAUCCUCAAAAUCUUUUUGGCUAAAGAAUGGAGGAAAGUGCACAUGGUUUGAUUGUCACCGUCAAUUCCUGCCCAUGGAUCAUCCAUUUAGAAGAAACAAAGAUGCUUUUGUAAAAGGAAGGAUCGAAAAGGCAUAUCCACCACACAUUUUGAGUGGUGAAGCAGUUUUGGAACGUGUUUCAUACAUUCCACAAAUAACUGAACAACAAGGUUCGAAGAUACCAGGUUAUGGUUCUACACAUAACUGGACCAAGCGAAGUAUCUUUUGGGAACUACCAUAUUGGAAGGAUAAUAUGAUUCGACACAAUCUCGAUGUGAUGCACAUUGAAAAAAAUGUUUUUGAUAAUGUGUUCCAUACGGUUAUGGAUACCAAAGGAACAAAAAACAACAAAGAUGGUGUGAAAUCAAGGAUGGAUUUAAAGGAGCACUGCUCGCGGCCAGAACUCGAAUUAAGGGUUGACAAUAAUGGAAAGUUAUUGAAACCAAAAGCAAGUUUUACUUGUGACAAUAACCAACAGAGGGCAGUGUAUGAGUGGAUACAAAACCUUUGUACACCAGAUGGCUAUGCAGGAAAUUUGACUUCUUGUGUUGAUUUAGAAGACUGCAAACUGCAUGGAAUGAAAAGCCAUGACUGUCAUGUUUUCAUGGAGUGUCUCCUGCCGGUUGCUUUUAGUUUCUUACCACCCAGUCAUUGGAAAGCUAUUACUGAACUUAGUCAAUUUUUUCGAGAUCUAUGUUCGGCGAACUUACAUGUGGAUAAAGUGAUACAACUUCAACAAAACAUCCCAAUAAUCAUUUGUAAGUUGGAGAAAAUUUUUCCUCCAGGAUUUUUUAAUUGCAUGGAGCAUUUACCUGUUCAUCUUCCUUACGAAGCAUUAAUGGGUGGACCUAUUCAAUACCGGUGGAUGUAUCCUUUUGAAAGAUUUCUUAACUACCUUAAAAGAAAGGUAAAAAACAAGGCCCGGGUAGAAGGCUCUAUAUGUGAGGCAUAUUUAAUUGAAGAGGCGACAAAUUUUGCUUCAUAUUAUUUUGAGUCUCAUGUAGAGAGUUGGAGAACAAAAGUUGGUCGCAAUUUGGAUGACGGUGGCAUCGAUGUCAGUGUUCAGCCGACGCUGUCAGUCUUUAAUCGUCCAGGUCGUGGGUUGGGUGCGACUAGAUCUCGAUAUCUGAAUAGUAAAGAGUUUUUUGCAGCACAUCAACAUGUACUACUGAACUGUGCGGAAGUCAAACCAUACUUAACGUCGUAUGAAGAUGGGUUGAGGGCUCUUAAUCCAGGCAUCACGAGUGAACAAAUUGAUUUGGCUAUUGAAGACAACUUCGCCAAAUGGUUUCGAGAUUAUGUAUACAAUCCUGAUAACAUGGUGCAUAACCAAUUUCUACAUGAUCUAGCGAUGGGGCCACUUGUAGAGGUACAAACUUGGAAUGGAUAUGUUGUUAAUGGGUACAAAUUCCAAACCAAAGGAUAUUGUGAAGGAAAAUCUACUUUUAAUUGUGGCGUUUCUGUCAAGGGCACAGAUUGUGGAGACCGUGAGGAUGAUUUUUAUGGCAUUAUAAAGGAGAUCAUUGAAAUAUCAUAUCCCAAUUCACCAUUUAAAAAAGUGGUUCUCUUUAACUGUGAUUGGUUUGAUACUUCUCCUAAUCGUGGUACUAGAGUUGAUGCAGAAUAUGGCAUAGUUGAAGUCCAGUGUAAUCGAAGAUAUCAGAAGUAUGACCCAUUCAUUUUCGCACAUAAUGCAUCUCAGGUGUACUAUGCCCCGUAUCCUAGAGGUGUAAAAUCUAAAAAAAAUUGGUGGGUUGUUUUUAAAACUAGACCAAAGUGCCAAACGUGAAAAUCCUGUAUUACACAUUUUAAACUAAUAUCUACGUACUAGACAGUAUAGACUAAUGUCUGCCUGUAUAAUUUGACUUGUAAAGCAUUAGUAAUUGUGCCUAUUAUUAUAUUGAUUUUUGAACCACAGAUGGUGCGUAUUAAUCGUGAGAUUCAGAAUGGAAACAUAUCACGAAUCAUCACUUACCCACCUGCAGUAAUCAAUGCUCAAAAUCGUUAUCAACCACGAGAUCCAAGCUCUUCUACUUCAUGUCCAUCUCAAAAUGCACCAACCAGCUCAGAUGAUUCUACUACCCUGGUUACCCCAUCUACUCCACCAGUACUAUCUCCCCUUGUAAACCAAGAACCUAAGAUCGAGAUUGUUCCUGACGGCAUUUCUGGUUUUAUUCCAUGCAAGGCAAAUCGUUUUGUCAUGCCGUGUAUUACGAAGAAGUUUGAUGAACCGAUUCGCUCUUAUACACGUGCUUCACCAGGAUUGAAGAAAGCUUGGUUGAGUUUAUUCAAUGAGAAGUAUUAUUGGAGGCCGGAAUAUCAUUCACGCAUUACAAAGAAUUUCAACAAGAAAGGAUCGGAAGGUUUAUCACGUGCACUAUCUAGUGCUCGAAAGACAAAGCAAUGUCCAGAAUGGAUUAUUCUUCCAAUAUGGGUUCAGCUACUUGAGCAAUGGAGGGAUGCAAAAUUCAUUAGCAAAUGCAAUACUAAUAAAAAAAAUAGGAACUCUGAUGUGGGCAUGGCAUUGCACACUGGAGGAUCUAUACCCAUUACAGAGUACUGCCGAAGAUAUGAAGAAAAGCAUAACCAGACAGCACCCCCGGAAAUAGUAUAUCUGCAAACACAUACAAAAGCAGACGGUACAUUUGUUACACCAAAAGCUAAAAAAAUUUAUGACUCAUAUGAAGAACUAAAGUCAAAGGAGCCGAAUGCCAAGUCUCAAGAUCUAUUGUUGAAGGCUGCUGGUGGCCGAAAGAAAGGAGGAAAAGUUACUGGUUUUGCCUCAGCUAGUGUCUAUUUCUUUCCUUCAGCCUCUACUUCUCAGAAAAUUCAAGAACAAUCAUACGAGGACAAAUUACUUCAACGACGUCUGGAAGAGGUUGAGAAGUCCAAUAGUGUUCUUUUAGAAACUAAUAAAGAACUUGUGCAGUUUAAAGAAUCUGCAUCUGCUACACUAGCAGAAAUGCAAGGCAUUAUUCAGUCUAUGAAAAUGACACAACCAUUGCAACAAGUUUCAUAUAUGAAUGUACUCCCAAGGCAAAAUAUGCAACAAGGUACUUUCAUGGGUUCUCUUCCACACCAUCAACAAAGUGCUUACAUAAAUAUUUCUCCACAACAACCCCAAGCGGGAUCUUUUAUGAGCAUGUUGAUGCCCCAACCUUCACCAAUCUUCAAUAACAGCUACACUCGUUCAAACCGGGGUGAAAAUGGAUGUGAAGAUGUGGAACAUGAUCUCAUUCAGUGACUUUGUAAUCCUUUUAAGGAAUUGUAUUUUUAAAUUUUAUCAAGUAUCUUUUAAUUGACUUGUGAUGCAGAAUAAUAUAUGUCUUGAAGGACUUCUAAUCUAUUUCAAUGGAAUGUUUGAUGUUUAAUUAUACGG